AUGGUUGGGACUGAGAAAGGUGGUUUGGUGGCUAAAGUUCAUCCAGUUACUGUGGCAAUCAUUUCGAAUCAUUUUACUCGAAGUGUCAUUCUUAACAAUGGAAAAUAUUCACAGGUAACUAGUUUUGUCUUUUUUUUAAUACGAACUCUGUGAGCCACGGAAUUUUAAAAGCCAUUUUAAUACUUAAAAAAUAAGAAAUCUUGCUUUAGGUCGUUGGAGCUUUGCUUGGUAAACAAGACGCUAAAUCUAUUGAAAUUCUGAAUUGUUUCGAAUUGGAAGCACGAGUAGAAGGAACAAAAGUGGAUCUGAAUGUGGAAUACUACAGAACUCGUGCCAGACUUUGUAUGUUUUACAUUUUAUUAUUUAAAUUUUGUGUUUAGAUGAAGAGACCUUUCCUGAUUUGACGUUUUUGGGAUUCUAUGUGACUGGAGACAAUAGUGUUGUGGAUGAGGUCGAUCUGAAGCUGUAUGAAAUUGCUAUGAAUUUGUCGGACUAUGGAUUUAUUUUGAAGUUGAGUCCGAUCAUCUCGGAUCACACUGAGAAGGUAAACAGAAUCUUAACUGUUUUGUUUAGGAUUGUAGUAUUUAUAAUCGUAACUUCUAAAAUAAAGUUGGUGUUCAACAGAUUCUAAAGUAUUUUUUUUUUCAGUUUAUGUAGGAAGCUCAUGGAGAACACCAUACAACAAAAUUUAUAAUUACUAAGUGACUAUUUUUAGAUUCCAAUUUCUGUUUUUGAACCAAAUAUGGAUCACAAAGAAGGCAGAGUAUUCCUGAACGAGAUUACCGUGAAGAUUGUAAGCGAUGUUGCUGAAAGAAUUGGCACUGAUCAUGCUGCUAAGUUUACUAGUGCUGGCGACAAGAAUGAGACGACGGCCUCACAGAAGCUACAAGAACAAUGUGGAGCUCUGAAGAUGUUGUGGAGAGGAUUGUCCGUGGCUGUCGACUAUCUGGAUGUGGGUUUAAAUUAGUUACCUUUUUGUUGUUUCUUUGGAAUUCACUAUAUAUUUUUGAUGUUUAGGCAGUGGAAAAGAAAGAACUACAGCCAAAUGAAGAAGUUUUACGAGAACUGCAUAAACUGGCUAUCAAGGUUCAGUUUUUGAGGGAUCAGAAAAUCAAAUGUGAUGACAAUAACUCUGAUAUCAACGACAAAGCUAUUGUUUUGCUUACUAUGAAUAACAAAAUCUCGAAUAACAUCUUCUCUGUAAGUUUAUGGUUUGCUUUUUACCAAAUUAAACUCUAGAAGAUGUCUUAUAUGUAAAAUAACAAAAGCGAAUUUCAGUUGGUGAACAAGCUGAAUACAGUGGUAAGCGAGUCAUUUACUGGGUACCAUACUCCGAUGAAACGAAAGGAAAACAUCUAA